ACGACCAUGGCUGUGGAACUGCCGUGUUUGAGAAAAAGCUGCGAUUUUUUUUUUUGAAAGAGAAAAACGGAAUCUUCUUUCUGUUCUGUACCCAUAUUCAAUUGUUCUAAACCAGUUGUCAAUUGAGCUUGUUGCUCGUCUUAAACGACUAUCCUUUCCUCUUUUUUCUGCACCAGGAUGAUCAACUACAAGCUUCGCCACGCGGUAGACCUCUUGUACUCUCGUGGCUCUGCAACCUCUGAGGCGUACACUCGUCUCGUGCUCGAAUGCGUCCGAGCCAACGAAGUCGACCAAGCCAAGCGACUGCAACACCACAUGGAGCUUCACUUCUUCCAACCCGACAACACUUUCAUUCAAAAUCGUCUUCUUCAUAUGUAUGCCAAAUCUGGGAAACUUUUGGAUGCUCGAAACCUGUUUGACAAAAUGCUUAAAAGGGACGUUUUCUCGUGGAAUGCUAUGCUAUCUGCGUAUGCGAAGACGGGGUCGGUCAAGGAUAUGCGGGCAACUUUUGGUCAGAUGCCUUUCCGUGAUCCAGUUUCGUAUAAUACGAUGAUUGCAGGUUUUGCUGGAAAUGAGUGUUCGAGCGAGGCCUUGGAGUUGUUUGUGAGAAUGCAGGAAGAAGGCUUUGAGCCUACGGAGUAUACUCAUGUCAGCGCAUUGCAUGCAUGCUCGCAGUUAUUGGAUUUGAGGCGUGGUAAACAGAUUCAUGGGAGGAUUACUGUCGGUAAUUUGUGUGGGAAUGUUUUUAUUUGGAAUGCUUUGAUAGAUAUAUAUGCCAAAUGCGGUGACAUGGAUCGCGCGAGAUGGUUGUUUGAUCGAAUGGUUAACAGGAAUGUGGUUUCCUGGAAUUCGAUUAUCUCUGGGUAUGUGAAAAAUGGGCAGCCUGAGAAAUGCAUCGAGUUAUUCCAUAAAAUGAAGUUAUGGGGUUUGAAGCCUGACCAAGUUACAAUUUCAAAUGUUCUCGGUGCUUACUUUCAAAGUGGAUAUGUAGAUGAAGCUAGUAAGAUAUUUAAUGAGAUCAAAGAGAAGGAUAAGAUCUGUUGGACCACAAUGAUAGUAGGUUAUGCACAAAAUGGGAGAGAAGAGGAUGCUUUGAUGUUGUUUGGCGCGAUGCUACUAGCAGAUGUCAGACCUGAUAGUUUUACCAUCUCAAGCGUGGUUAGUUCCUGUGCCAAAUUAGCUUCUUUGUAUAAUGGCCAGGCUGUUCAUGGAAAAACAGUUCAUAUGGGAGUUGAUGAUGGUUUGCUUGUGUCUAGUGCCCUUGUCGAUAUGUAUUGCAAGUGCGGAGUCACUUCAGAUGCUUGGAUGGUUUUCAAAACAAUGCCAACUUUGAAUGUGGUUUCCUGGAAUGCGAUGAUUGGAGGUUAUGCACAGAAUGGACAGCAUCAAGAGGCCUUGGCCAUCUAUGAGAAAAUGCUGCAAGAAAAGUUGAAACCUGAUAAUGUUACUUUUAUAGGUGUUUUAUCUGCUUGUGUCCAUGCUAAUUUGAUUGAACAAGGACAUGAAUAUUUUGAUUCAAUCAGCAAACAGCACGGUAUGACACCCACUUUGGAUCAUUAUGCAUGCAUGAUCAAUCUCCUUGGCCGUUCAGGUUACAUGGACAAAGCAGCAGAUCUUAUUGAAGGUAUGCCCCAUGAACCAAAUUGUCUAAUCUGGUCUACCCUUUUAUCUGUUAGUGCAAUCAAGGGUGACAUCAAACAAGCAGAGAUGUCUGCUAGGCAUCUCUUUGAAUUGGAUCCGCUCAAUGCUGGACCUUACAUCAUGCUUUCCAACAUGUAUGCUGCUUGUGGAAGAUGGAAAGAUGUGGCAUCCAUGAGAUCUCUCAUGAAGAACAAGAAUGUAAAAAAGUUUGCUGCUUACAGUUGGAUUGAGAUUGAUAACAAAGUACACAAAUUUGUUUCAGAAGAUCGGACUCAUCCGGAAACAGAAAAAAUUUAUGAAGAACUAAACAGACUGAUUAGGGAACUCCAUAAAGCUGGCUUUGCUCCUAAUACGAACUUGGUUCUACAUGAUGUGGGGGAAAAGGAAAAGUAUGAAUCUAUCUGUUACCACAGCGAGAAACUUGCCCUUGCAUAUGGGUUAAUUCGAAAACCUCAGGGAGGGACACCCUUAAGGAUUAUAAAGAAUAUUCGUGUUUGUGGAGAUUGCCAUGUGUUUAUGAAGUUUGUAUCCAAAAUAAUUGGACGACCAAUUAUCUUGAGAGAUUCAAACAGAUAUCAUCAUUUCAUUGGAGGGAAGUGCUCUUGCAAGGACAACUGGUAAUGAAGGUCCUUGGCAGAGUGGAAAAUUUGCUGAACUUGAAUCGAAACACCGCAGCUAGGGUGAGUAUAAAACAGGAGCAAGACACUCGUUCCUGGGAAAUUCGGGAAAGAGGCUGCAGUGAGAGGAACGAGAGUGUUUUUGCAAGCACUGCUGGAAACAAAACACUAUAUAAGGUUGUGAUUUUUUUUGAACAUCAAAACAAGUAGAUGAAGGCAUUUCUUCCUGGGAAAUUCUGGAAAGUGGCUGCAGUGAGAGAGAGUUUUUGCAAGCACUGCUGGAAACAACACACUAUGAGGUUGUGAUUUAUUUUUGAACUUCAAAAUAAGUAGAUGAAGGCACUUCUUCCUUGGAAAUUCUGGAAAGUGGCUGCAGUGAGAGAGAUUGUGUGUUUUUGCAAGCGCUGCUGGAAACAAAACACUCUAUAAGGUAUUUGAAUUCUUUAAACAUUCCUCUGUUUGUGGAAACUGUUUGUGUAUUUACUGUACCUAUAUUCUCUGCAUUUGCCUCAUGGGCUACUUACCUUCUGACAAAGGAAGUUAAAGGUGCUGGUGCUGGAUUGACAGCGGCGGUUCUUUUGGCCAUGAUAUUCUGAUCUCAGUCUGAAAGGAGAGAACCCUGGAAAAAAAGUUCACUAAAUGAAACAAAACAGGAACAGAUGCAUUUUAAAUGGU